AUGAUAAGCCGAUUACAAGGGAGUUUACGCCCUGGAAGCUUAAACCCGAUUCGAAGUCUAGCUUCAUUCAACCUGGCGAAGCUUCUGAAACACUCACCCAGCGCUAACACGGCCAAACCCGAGUGGCACAAGCGCGAUGCCGCCAUCAAGAAACGCUACGGCCAGUGGAACCCCACCCGCAAACUCACCCGAGACCAGAUGGACGACGUCAAACAUAUCGCUGCCCAGAUGCCCCAUCUCCGCACGGUGGAUUUGGCCCAGUAUUUCCAGGUGCUGCCCGAGGCGAUCCGGCGUAUCCUCAAAUCGAAGUGGCAGCCGUCGGAACAAACAGGGCUAGCGUUGCGGGAACGAGAACAACGGCGCAAGCAGGAGCGGAAGGCCCGGAACCCGGUUAAUGGCGUCGAGCAACAGCCGCUGUCAGUCCACAUUGAGGACCUUAUGGCAGCCCUGGAAACUAAAGCUCAUAAUUCACUGCCUCCGUCGACCCGAAAGCCUCGGAAACAACACCGUAACAAAGCUAGUGACGGUGGCAAAAUCCUGUUCCCCGGCGACUACAUUGAUUGA